AUGGAGAUGUCAUCAGUACCAAACACCAUCUACCUCUACAUAAUCCUCAACAUCAUAUACAUGCUAAAGAAGUACAUGCCCAAGGGACUUUCAUCAACUCUGAGAUUACAUGUUGAACUCUUGUUCAAAUCAACAACUCUCACUGAAGAAAAGAUGAAGAGUCCUGUGAACCAGCAGAAAGUUAUCAGCAGAGAAGAUGUGGAGAUGAUUUUGGAGAAGAUGAAGAUGUCUUGUGUGAGUACUAGUAAUGAACCACAGCUUAGAGAAUACAUGGAUUUUGAUGAACUUGCCAGCAUGUUUGAAGAGAAGGAACCAAGUUUGAUAGAGAUGAAGGAUGCUUUUGGUGUGUUUGAUGAGAAUAAUGAUGGAUUCAUAGAUGCAGUGGAGUUGCAGAGAGUUUUGUGCAUGUUGGGGUUGAGAGAAAGAGUGGACGUGGAUGCAUGCCAAAGGAUGAUUGACAUGCAUGAUCACAACGUGGAUGGCAGGAUUGAUUUCCAUGAGUUUGUUGAGUUCAUGGAGUCUUCUUGCUUUUGCUGA